UAUCGCUUCCUUAUGCCCAACCAAUCAUAUUCGCCUUAAUUUAAGCUCUCCUCCGCUGGGUUCAUAAAUAUAAUAAUUAACUUUCUCCUGCAAUGAAAUGAGAAAAAUCUGGAAGGUUAAUCUCUAAAAUUAUGGAAAUUACCAUAUAAAGACAAUAUUUCUGAUCUUCAACUUCAUGUUGUUAGUUACUUCAUGUUGUUAGUUAGUUUCAACACCAAGGAAGAGAGUGAUAUUUGUGGUAUGUUGAUUACGUUAACGAGCAUGCAAUUAGCAGCGUAAUGACAAUGAAUGUAGCAAUAUCUUUCAAUUUUUAAUUGUGACAAUAAACAGAUACUGUAUUUUUUUCGUUGUUUGAAACCUUGUUAUGAAAUACAUGGCAUAAACUCGAAUGAAAGAUAUAUAAUUAUUAUUAGAGGCGAUAAAGUGAAGAGAAAAUAGAUAGGAAGGAAUAAAUAGAAGUGAUAAAGAAGAAGAAUCUACAAGAGUAAAAAAAAGAAAUUUAAAACUUGAAAAAUGAAGUGGACACCAUUGGUUGUUUGGGUAUUGACUGUGGUCAUAAUCCUGAUCGGAUUGGCUGGUUUAUUAUCCGGAACUGUUGGGAAUUCUUGGUGGAAAAUUGAUAAUGAAAAGGAGAAAAAGGACGUUGGUUUGUGGCGAGAAUGUUACCAAGAUGAAAUCAAUGGAACAUUUUCAGAUCAAAUUUGUACGGAGAGAAUGAACCUUUUGGAAUUCAAAGACAAAGAUGAAAAGGCUGUUAAUAGAGAGAAAGAUGCUGUGUUACUAGUACUGAUUGUAUCAGCCAGUUUCUCGUUUUUCACCUUUAUAUCAAUACUAUCCAUGUUGUGCUGCCAAAAAGAACUUGACCAAUGGAAGUGCGGAGCACUGAUUACAACGCUGUUCGCAUUUAUUUCAACAAUAUGCGGAUUUGGUGCACUUGUGUUCUCCGAGGUAGAGCUUGAUGAGUUGUGGGAAAAAGGUUACGAACGCGGUUGGUCAGUCAUACUAGCAUGGGUUGGUUCAAGUUUGAUGGGGUUAGCCUUCAUACUAUCAUUUACUUUGAUAUGUGUUGGCGCCAAAGAACACGAGUCGAAUGGUGAGCCAUAUAAACAUACGAAUGGUUACAAUCGAACAGGGAUUGCAUCACGUGGAGCUCAUGCUAAUCCCGGCUACGAGAUGAAAUAAUAAAGAAUUUGAUAUCCUUUCGUUUAAGGCUUCUCUCCACAACACUGAAAGCGUGUUCAUUGACUGGUAGAAUUUUCCGAUAAGUAAAAGUAGCAUCGGCUCAUAAUUUUUUAAACAUAGGAUGUUCUGUUAGCUUAAAUAUGUGCGUUCUUUAUGCUUUUUUAUCCGAGAUAUCUUGACUGAUGGAGAUUUGUCUUUAGCGAUAUGUGACUAAUAUAUCUAUGGCAACGAAAAAACAAUAAUUAGAACGAUAUCAAACUAUAUGUUUUGUUUCCAAUAUAUAUAAAAUAAAUGUAUUAUAAGUAGUAUUAUAAAUAAUAAGGGAAAAUUUCCAUGGAUUUUAUUGUCGUUUCUAUUGGAGUAAUCUUAAGUGCUUCUUUAAUUCGCCUGUGGUUAUAGGGGAAAACACUCUGACUUUAUUUUAGUGACGUAUUUUUACAAUAUUAUUGUACAUUAUAUUUUAAUUACAUUCUUGUAAAUUUUAUUGUGUUUGCUAUAUAUGACCCUCAAGAAUCUAAUACUAUGAGACUAAGAAGAUUCGCUCGAAAAUUAUGGUGGUUUAUAGUUUUGUUGUUUUUUUGUUUCAAAAGGAGCUAGGGUAGUGAGGGCUAUAGGGAAAGCGCCCUACAGGUAUUACAAUUCCUGCUUAAAAGAGUUAGAAACGGUUCCAAAGCAGUCAGUAGCAUCUAAAGGUACUAACUUUGACACGUGCAGGAAAGCCAUUAUUUAUGAAAUAUGUCUCCAAAUGGUCACUGUACAUUACUUUUGUUUUUCUGUUUGUAAAAUUAUUUUUAAAAAAAUAUUUUUUGUUUUUUAUUUA